GUCCUCAUAUCUCCAGGCCCUUCUUCUUGCACCCCAGCUUUGACCUCUGAGCUGAGGCCUCUAAUCUCCAGGACAUGGCAGGCCCCGCCACCAUUGUCGCCAGCCUUCUUCUGGUAGCUUGUGCGUGCUGCAUCUUCCCCACAGACUCUGUGACCAUCCCAUCCUCCUGCUGCAUAUCCUUCAUUUCCAAGAAAAUCCCGGGAAAGCUAGUGGUUAGCUACCAGUUGACCAAUGGUAGCACCUGCCGCAAGGCAGGGGUGAUCUUCAUCACCAAGGGGGGCCACAAGAUCUGUAGUGACCCCAAGUUGCCAUGGGUCCAGAGGCACAUGCAGAACCUGGAUGCCAAGAGAAAGCAGCCUCCUGCAGGUGCCAAGGCACGGGGCGCCAAGUUUUCCGUCCAGACACACCACGGCAACAGCACUCAGGUUUAAUCGCCUCUCCUCUGUCCCUGAACUUGGACGCUGGUCUUGGGGCGUGGCACACAGCUGGGAUGAGGCCCGAGUUCAUUUUCCCAUUCUCAGCAUUUCCUUGGGGGAAUGUGUUUAUUCUGUGAGAACCCGGGGGAGCUCCAAGCGUGCCAGAGUUCUGGUGUUUCCUGUGCUGCGUGAGAAGGUUCCAGAAGGAUGGCAUUGGUCAUUCUGCCUUCUCCUCUUGUGUGGCUUGAAGAGCCCAGGUGCAUAAGACUGGAGCACCUGUGGGUGUGCCUUGUUUGCGGCUGGCUUAGCUGCGGUCCUUGUCUUGGGGUGGGGCCCAAGGGCUGUCUGUCUGUCCACCUAUGGGUGUCUGUCUGUCCAUCUGUGGGUGAAGCUCCAUCAACAGUAGUAAUUCCCAAGCCUGUUGGGGGUACUCCAGGCUGGUCCCACCUCCAGAAC